AUGGCGCGGGAGGACCGCGAGGCAUGGGGGCGCCUCGAGGCCAACGCCGCCCACGAGGCCUACAUGCAAGAGCUCCGCCGCCAGCACCAGGAGCUCGUGGAGGUGGAGUGGGUGAUCUUUGCUGGCGCGGAGGGCGGCGAGGUUAUGGUGCUCUCCUCCGAUGAUGAGGUCGAAGGUGGCGAGGACAGCGGCGCAGAGGGCGUCGAGCAAGACGAGAGACGCAUGAAGAAGCUUAGAAGUUCCCAGCAGCAAGUACACAAUCCAAAGCCUACGCCGGAUCUACCGGAUUAUCUAAUACCAAGACUAAAGAUGCGAUUCAAAGAUGUAGAGAAAGCAAGGGAAUUUUAUAACAGAUACGCCAGACACGCUGGUUUUGGAAUCAGGAAGACGAGGGGAAAUGACAACCACAAGUAUUUUGUUUGCGCCUUCCAAGGGAUACACACAUCUUCUGUUUCAGAGGCCAACAAGAAGCGAAACAAAACAUCGCAGAGGAUGGGCUGCAAUGCAAGAAUGAGGGUGAAGGUGCAGGAGGAUGACACAUGCGUGGUAGUGGACAUUGAGUACAAUCAUAAUCACCAGCUCAUGCAAACUGAUGACAUGCUGGUAUUUUUGCACUCACACAAGAAUUAUGACCCCACUAUUUUGGAGUACGUAAAGCUCCUGCAGUACCAUGAUGUCAAGCACACAACAAUCAUGUCCAUGCUAUCUGAAAAUGAAGAUGGAAGCUACUUCCUAAGCAUGACCGGGCGACACCUACUAAACCAGAAAGCCAUGAAUGCAAGGAAAGAUGAUUUGGAUGAUGUAUUGAAACUUGUUUCAUUCUUCAAAGACAUGAAGGCAAUAAAUGAUGAGUUUUUCUAUGACAUCCAAGUGGACAAGGACAAAAGUCAAUUAAAAACAUUUUCUGGUCCAAUGCAAGCUGCCGAGGAGCCUAUCAAGACUUUGUCAACGAUAUUUGCUGUUGCCCUGAUAAGAGACGAUGCAAAGUCAUUCAAGUGGUUGUUUGAUACAUUUGUACGACCAAUGCCCAUCGAUGGUGAAGCUAUACCACAAUCAUUUCCAAACACCGUCCACAAGCUAUGCCGUUGGCACAUCAUGAAGAAGUACAGGGAAUACCUCGCGUUGCUGUACAAAAAGUAUAAAACAUUCAAAGAGGAGUUCACAGCUAUAUUAAACUGGCCGCUGAUGCCAACGGAGUUUGAAGAUGCCUGGGCUCAACUCGUGCACAACUACAACCUGGAGAACGACCAGAUGAUGAAGCUCUGGAGUGAUAGGAAGAUGUGGAUUUCAGCAUAUUACAAGAACAUUUUCUGUGCUAGAAUGAAUUCCACACAACGAAGCGAGAGCAUGAACCACGUGCUAAAGAAAGGGUUUGUCAAGGGGACCCAGAACCUACACAAGUUUGCUAGGCGGGUCAAUGCUUGCAUACAAACUUGGAUGCAGAAGGAGAACGAGCAAACAAUGACCAACAUGACCAAUCAUGUGACAAAAACAACUUACGGCUACGAGGAAGACAUGUCUAUCAAGUACACGAGAGCCGUGUACACCGAGAUGAGGAAUAGGAUGAGAAAUGCCACGCUAUUUCGUGCAAAGCGUACAGUAGAGCCCACUAAGUACCUUGUGUACUACCACAACAAGCCUGGCCAUGAUGAUGAAGAAAUAUUUUCCUGGUCAAAGCAUGAAUUCCAGGUUGUAGCUGACCCAGAGAAUGAAAUAUACGAGUGUGAAUGCAAGCUAUGGACACACACAGGCCUGUUCUGCCUUCACAUCAUGAACAUACUGGACUACCUCAAGCCUGACAAAUUUCCAAACAAGUAUAUCCUCAAACAGUACACAAAGACUGCAAAAUCACAACCAACCUUUGAUACAAGGGACUACAACACAACCGCAUCGGAUGGCAGCUCAAGGCUAUCGAAGCAAGACAUCUUGCUGCAGCUGAAUUUGAUGAGGCUCGUGGAAGAGCUUGAUGCAAUACAUUCAGCAAAUCAAGUGGAUGCUGACGAAAGGAUGGCUGAAGAGGACGCUGAAAUUGAAGAUGACCUUCAUUAUUAUGCAGCUGAAAUGCUCAACGCCGCCGCUGAAGCCGACCAAUGCAAGCAGGGUGAUGGCCAAUCAAUGGAGCAGCGAUAG